UCCUUUCCUACCAGGCUGCUAAGCUGCUAUAAGGUGAGCUUGGGAAAGUGAAAAACUUCUUGCCACCAUGUCGGGAACCUGUCCUAGAGUGAAGUUCACAUCUUGAAAACCAGAGCUAAGACAUAAAGACGAGAUGCCAAGAGGAGUGAGCGCCACACCCUGUGGCCACACGGGAAGCAGCCGGGUCAGGCAGGAGGCAGAGUGAGCAGGGGGAGAACCCGGGGGAGAGGAUUCUGUGGGAAGGAGCAGGGAUUCUCUUCAAGGAUGGUAUAACCCACAUUUUCAGAGCAGCCACACAGGACAGCCGCCCCUGCACAACCAUUACCCAGAAUCAUGAGACAGACUUUGCCUUGUAUCUACUUUUGGGGGGGCCUUUUGCCCUUUGGGAUGCUGUGUGCAUCCUCCACCACCAAGUGCACCGUUAGCCAUGAAGUUGCUGACUGCAGCCACCUGAAGUUGACUCAGGUACCCGAUGAGCUGCCCACAAACAUAACAGUGUUGAAUCUUACCCACAAUCAACUCAGAAGAUUGCCAGCUGCCAACUUUACAAGAUAUAGCCAACUAACUAUCUUGGAUGUGGGAUUUAACACCAUCUCAAAACUGGAGCCAGAAUUGUGCCAAAAACUUCCCAUGUUAAAAGUUUUGAACCUCCAGCACAACGAGCUAUCUCAACUUUCUGAUAAAACCUUUGCCUUCUGCACGAAUUUGACUGAACUUCAUCUGAUGUCCAACUCAAUCCAGAAAAUUAAAAAUAAUCCCUUUGUAAAGCAGAAGAAUUUAAUCACAUUAGAUCUGUCUCAUAAUGGCUUGUCAUCUACAAAAUUAGGAACCCAGGUUCAGCUGGAAAAUCUCCAAGAGCUUCUAUUAUCAAACAACAAAAUUCAAGUGCUAAAAAGUGAAGAACUGGGUAUCUUUGCCAAUUCAUCUUUAAAAAAAUUGGAGUUGUCAUCGAAUCAAAUUAAAGAGUUUUCUCCAGGGUGUUUUCACGCAAUUGGAGGAUUAUUUGGCCUCUUUCUGAACAAUGUCCAGCUGGGUCCCAGCCUCACAGAGAAGCUAUGUUUGGAAUUAGCAAACACAAGCAUUCGGAAUCUGUCUCUGAGUAACAGCCAACUGUCCACCACCAGCAAUACAACUUUCUUGGGACUAAAGUGGACAAAUCUCACUAUGCUUGAUCUUUCCCACAACAACUUAAAUGUGGUUGCUAACGAUUCUUUUGCUUGGCUUCCGCAUCUAGAAUAUUUCUUCCUGGAGUAUAAUAAUAUACAGCGUUUGUUCUCUCACUCUUUGCACGGGCUUUCCAAUUUGCGGUACCUGAAUUUGAAACGGUCUUUUACUAAACAAAGUAUUUCCCUUGCUUCGCUCCCCAAGAUUGAUGACUUUUCUUUUCAGUGGCUAAAAUGUUUGGAGCACCUUAACAUGGAAGAUAAUGAUAUUCCAGGCAUAAAAAGCAAUAUGUUCACAGGAUUGAUAAACCUGAAAUACUUAAGUCUAUCCAACUCCUUUACAAGUUUGCGAACUUUGACAAAUGAAACAUUUGUAUCACUUGCUCAUUCUCCCUUACACAUACUCAACCUAACCAAGAAUAAAAUCUCAAAAAUAGAGAGUGAGGCUUUCUCUUGGUUGGGCCGCCUAGAAGUACUUGACCUGGGCCUUAAUGAAAUUGGGCAAGAACUCACAGGCCAGGAAUGGAGAGGGCUAGGAAAUAUUUUCGAAAUCUAUCUUUCCUACAACAAGUACCUGCAGCUGACUAGGAACUCCUUUGCCUUGGUCCCAAGCCUUCAACGACUGAUGCUCCGAAGGGUGGCCCUUAAAAAUGUGGAUAGCUCUCCUUCACCAUUCCAGCCUCUUCGUAACUUGACCAUUCUGGAUCUAAGCAACAACAACAUAGCCAACAUAAAUGAUGACAUGUUGGAGGGUCUUGAGAAACUAGAAAUUCUGGAUUUGCAGCAUAACAACUUAGCACGGCUCUGGAAACACGCAAACCCUGGUGGUCCCGUUUAUUUCCUAAAGGGUCUGUCUCACCUCCACAUCCUCAACUUGGAGUCUAAUGGCUUUGAUGAGAUCCCAGUUGAGGUCUUCAAGGAUUUAUUUGAACUAAAGAUCAUCGAUUUAGGAUUGAAUAAUUUAAACACACUUCCAGCAUCUGUGUUUAACAAUCAGGUGUCUCUAAAGUCAUUGAACCUUCAGAAGAAUCUCAUAACAUCGGUUGAGAAGAAGGUGUUCGGGCCAGCUUUCAGGAAGCUGACUGACUUAGAUAUGCGCUUUAAUCCCUUUGAUUGCACGUGUGAAAGUAUUGCCUGGUUUGUUAAUUGGAUUAACGAGACCCAUACCAACAUCCCUGAGCUGUCAAGCCACUACCUUUGCAACACUCCACCUCACUAUCAUGGGUUCCCAGUGAGACUUUUUGAUACAUCAUCUUGCAAAGACAGCGCCCCCUUUGAACUCUUUUUCAUGAUCAAUACCAGUAUCCUGUUGAUUUUUAUCUUUAUUGUACUUCUCAUCCACUUUGAGGGCUGGAGGAUAUCUUUUUAUUGGAAUGUUUCAGUACAUCGAGUUCUUGGUUUCAAAGAAAUAGACAGACAGACAGAACAGUUUGAAUAUGCAGCAUAUAUAAUUCAUGCCUAUAAAGAUACGGAUUGGGUCUGGGAAUACUUCUCUUCAAUGGAAAAGGAAGACCAAUCUCUCAAAUUUUGUCUGGAGGAAAGGGACUUUGAGGCAGGUGUUUUUGAACUGGAAGCAAUUGUUAACAGCAUCAAAAGAAGCAGAAAAAUUAUUUUUGUUAUAACACACCAUUUAUUAGAAGACCCAUUAUGCAAAAGAUUCAAGGUACAUCAUGCAGUUCAACAAGCUAUUGAACAAAAUCUGGAUUCCAUUAUAUUGGUUUUCCUUGAGGAGAUUCCAGAUUAUAAACUGAACCACGCACUCUGUUUGCGAAGAGGAAUGUUUAAAUCUCGCUGCAUCUUGAACUGGCCAGUUCAGAAAGAACGGAUAGGUGCCUUUCGUCAUAAAUUGCAAGUAGCACUUGGAUCCAAAAACUCAGUACAUUAAAUUUAUUUAAAUAUUCAAUUAGCAAAGGAGAAACUUUCUCAAUUUAAAAAGUUCUAUGGCAGAUUUAAAUUUUCCAUAAAGGUGUUAUAAUUUGUUUAUUCAUAUUUGUAAAUGGUUAUAUUCUAUCACAAUUAUGUCUCUUCUAGGAAAAUGUAUCUCGUUAUUUCAGGCCUAUUUUUGACAAUUGACUUAAUUUUACCCAAAAUAAACAUACAAGCACAUAAGAACAUUGUCUACUGAUAAAUAUACAAUCGGCCACUGAGCCUAUGACAACUUAAGGAGUUUUAAAACAUUCCUCAUUUUAAGAAAAGUUAGAGUUAUAUGAGGCUUUGCGAUGAUCUUUUUGUUUUUUGGAUGCGCUUAGAAUGAAAGAUAAUUGUUUCAAUUGGUAUAAUGCUAUUUCCUUUGUAAAAGAGUGAAAUAUAUACCCAUAUUUUUAACAAGUUUAACUACAGUAUUUUUUCAAUGGAAAAACUUUGUAUUUUAGUAAGUACUUGUCUCACUGUUGAUUUUGUUAAAUGUUAAAUAUUUUUUAAUAUGCAUAUCCAAAGGCAGAAAGCAUUUGCAAUUCAUUUUUAUUAGUUAAUGAGAUGAUUAUUUGAAUGAAUAUUGACUUGUAUUUUCCUGAGAUAUGAGUUUCUGCUGUGGGCACGUAGAAACAAUUCUCUUACUAAAAGUAUUGUAGGCAGGCUUGCUUUCUGAAGGUUAAUGAGGAACUGGCUUUGUGGAAACAGAACUUUCCUCCCAUGGUCACAGACUCAGGAGAUGGCGCUGGCGAAAUCACUUGGUUCCACUGGGAUUCUUUGACUCCUGAUCUUGAAAAUUAUGAUAAUAAAUGCAUCUUAGAUAUUCCUAUAUAACUAGUGAUGAUGAUCGCUGUAUAAUAUAUUCAAAGGAAUGUAUUAUUUUACCAUAAAAUAAUAUGCUACGUAUAAGGUAGUCCUUAUCUAGAAAGACUAUUUUUAUUUUUGGUUUUUUGUUUGUUUUUUAUUUGUUUGUUUGUUUUUGAGAUGGAGUCUGGCUCUGUCACCCGGGCUGGAGUGCAGUGGUCCAAUCUCAGCCCACCGCAACCUCCAUCUCCAAGUUCAAGCUAUUCUCCUGCCUCAGCCACCCGCGUAGCUGGGAUUACAGGCACGUGCCACCAUGCCUGGCUAAUUUUUGUAUUUGUAGUAGAGAUGGGGUUUCACCAUGUUGGCCAGCCUGGUCUUGAACUCCUGACCUCAAGUGAUCCUCCUGCCUUGGCCUCCCAAAGUGCUAGGAUUACAGGUGUGAGCCACCGCACCCUGCCUUUUUAUUUUGUUUUACAAUACAACAAAAAAUUUUUAGUUUUACAAUAAAAGAGAAUCUGAUUAUUGGAAAUAGACCUGAAUAGCUUUUUGAAAUAUUUAUAGUUCUAGUAUUUAAAGAGAAACCUGAAAUUAUAAGGCUGAGUUAAUUUCUAUACCUGAAAUGUUCAUUUGUCUGCUGAAUUCAGGGAGUAUCUGAGAUGUCACAUUUUGGAACUUUGAUUUAAAUCGUUCAGUAUUCCCAAGGCUGAGUUCCAUGACCCUGGAAUGAGAAAUAUCCACUGUACCACUGGUUCUGAAGAGUCUAUAGUCGGCCAGCACUGUGAAUGUGUGGAGGACUAAUUGUCACUUUCAUGUUAUUUGCCACCCUGACAGCUGAGACACUGCUUUUCAGCAUUUUAGUUUUGCUUUUUAACUGCGAUAAUCAUUUUAUUUUGGCAUUUUAAGUAAAAAUCACAGCUUCUGCUUUUCUUAUAUGCUUUGUGUGUUAUCAAUAUUCUCAAAUAUUCAUAAGAUAUUUUAAAUCAUUGUGAAUUAGUCAAUAUAUCAAGUUGCUUAAUAUGUCAUAUAUCAAUGCUAUUAAUAUAUAAUAUCUAUAUUUAAUAUAUUGAUAUGUUACUGGUGGAGAGUGUCCAGGUUCUUGGUGCUUUGAACAAAGAAUUGGACAAAAUGCACAAAGAAUGAGGCAACAAAAGCAGAGAUUUAUUGAAAACGAAAGCACACCCUGCAGGGUGGGAGCAGCCCAAGCACGCAGCUCAAAAGCUGGGUUACAGAAUUUUCUGGGGUUUAAAUACUCUCUAGAGGUUUCCAUUGGUUACUUAGUGUAUGCCCUAUGUAAAUGAAGAGGCUAAAGUGAAGUUACAAAGUUAUUUACUUGUUGUGCACCCUAUGCAAAUGAAUAGCUGUCAUAGCUGAGGUAGAGUUACAAAGUUAUUUACUUGGUGGUAGAACUUUGGGGUUUUUCCGUUUGAUUUAGUUCUAGGAAGCCUUUAGCUUCCCUGCCUCCAGACCCUAUUCCCCUGCCUCAGAUAGAUCAGUGACAUAUUCGAUACAUCAUUAAGUUGCUUAAUAUUUAAGAGGUUAAGAUGCACAGGUAAUGACCCCUAAAUGAAUGCCAAUAAAACUAGACCUAGGUAGAAAGUAACAUCCAGAACUUCUGCAGGCUGUCCUGUGUAAUUGUUCUCAGGAGGAACCCUUGUCCCUGGGGUUUGAGAGAAGGGGUUUGAGGAAAAGGAUGUUUGUCUGACCUCUUGUUUGAUUUGCCCAAGUGGCUUGACCUGUUUGAAUCCUCUCAGCGUGCCAUCAUGUUAUCUGUUCACUCCAACUUCUUCCUGUUUUUCACAUUGCAAAAUAAAACUCAACUGAAUUGACACUGAGUUUAAAAUAAAUCUUGGUAUUUAGGUUGUACCUAAAAAUGAUAACUUUUAGAUUGUAAUCAGAGGUAGAUGCUAUCAAUUUGUUAGUGAGGAGGGGAGGAGUUUUCAAUGCCGCUUAGUUAACAAUGUCUAAUUGUUCAAAUAUACAUCUUAGGUUGUAAAGGAGACUCAAUGGUAAGUUAUAGUGACCACUGAAAACUGUAAAGGGGCUUCAAGUCAAGAACUUAGAAGGAAUUUCUUGCAAUCUAUUGAGACACAAAGCAGAUUAGUGGUUGUCUGGGCCUAGG